AACGGACUAUUAUUCAUAGGCUAUAUACCGUCAGUCUAUCUUGGUUGCGUUAACUGUCAAUCCGUCUUUCAAAACAAUCUUUCUUUUUCCACUGAUCCAAGAUGGGUAUUAGUCGUGACCAUUGGCAUAAGCGAAGGGCCACUGGUGGCAAACGUGCGCCCAUUCGCAAGAAGAGGAAGUAUGAAUUAGGACGUCCGGCUGCCAAUACUAAGCUUGGCGCACAACGCAUCCAUUUAGUACGAUCCCGUGGUGGCAAUGUCAAAUACCGCGCUCUUCGUCUGGAUGCUGGCAAUUUUUCAUGGGGCUCAGAGUGUUCCACCCGUAAGACCCGUAUCAUUGAUGUGGUGUACAAUGCUUCUAACAACGAGUUGGUGCGAACUAAAACCCUUGUGAAGAAUGCUAUUGUUGUAGUGGAUGCAACACCUUUUAGGCAGUGGUAUGAGUCUCAUUACCUUCUGCCACUUGGAAGAAAGAAGGGUGCCAAGUUGACUGAGGCAGAAGACGCCAUUAUCAACAAAAAGCGAAGCAAGAAGACCGCAAAGAAAUAUGUAUCAAGGCAGCGCCUCUCUAAAGUGGAAGCUGCCCUCGAGGAGCAAUUCCACACUGGACGUUUGUUAGCGUGUGUGGCCAGUCGGCCGGGUCAGUGUGGACGCGCUGAUGGCUACGUGCUUGAAGGAAAAGAGUUGGAAUUCUACUUAAGAAAGAUUAAAUCCAAGAGGGCUAAGUAAAAAGUGUAAUGUAUAAAUAAAUGUAAAA